CUUACUCUAUUCUUCUCUUCUUGAAAGCGGACGUUCUACUGGCAGCAUCUCAUACCACUUAAGGGGUAUAUCGUAUCGUUCACUCUAGGUCGCUGGCUGCUCCCAUCUAGGAGUGGAAGAGGAUGCACCUCGCACGCCACACGAUCACCCCGACCCAACAGACAGUCAUCGUCAAUGCAGGAUUCGAUCAGGAUGCGCAUAUAUUCACUACGAUCACACCACAGGGAUAUGCGGUCUACCUCACUAAUCCACUCAGGCUUAUCACACAUCGAGAUAUACCCAACGGCACCCUCGCACACGUCGUACCCCUCCACAGCACCAACCUUCUCUUCCUUGUCGGAGGGGGGAACGUACCACUCUACCCGCCGAACAAGGUGAUUCUGUACAAUGCAGAACAGGGUGUCGAUGUCGCGGAGCUCGAGUUUCGGGAAGCGGUGCGCGGGCUGGCCUGCCGCCGGGGGAUGAUCGCCGUCGCACUUAGGCGACGAGUGUGUGUGUUUGAGGUUGGGAGAGAGAUCGCCACUGUGAGCAAGCUGGGGGAGUGGGAGACGUGUGAUAACGACCGUGGGUUGCUGGCGUUCGCUAGUGCACCCCGGGCAACGUUGCUCGCCUUCCCGGGAAAGCAGGUCGGGCAUGUCCAAUUCCUCCACUUGCCACCUUGUCCGGGCCCAGCAAAGGAGCAAGGCAAAACGGCACGAAGGCAUUCUGUUAGCAAACCUCCAAAGCGGACUCUUAAAACACCCAAGAACCCGAUAGCGAUCAUCGCCGCUCACAGCAAUGCGCUCACGUCACUUGCCUGCCCACCAUCAGGAUCGCUCCUAGCUACGAGCAGCGAACGGGGCACAUUGGUCCGCGUUUGGGACGCGCUCACAGGCACGUGCAUCCGCGAGCUGCGGCGGGGAGCGGACAAAGCGGAAAUCUAUGGCACCGCUUUUCGGAAGGAUGAGCGGGAGCUCGCUGUUUGGUCCGACAAGGGUACAAUCCACGUCUUCUCCCUCGGCCUGGACGGGGAGACACAUAAUGUGAACCAGCGGUCCGCGCUCGCCCCUCUCAGCGCUGUCCUUCCGCUUCCCAAGUACUUUCAGAGCGAAUGGUCUUAUGCGACAUUCCGCCUUCCACAACCAGCGACACAUACAGAUCUGGGGACAUUGACCCUGCCCGAUGAGCCUGAGCUGCGGUGCACCUGUGCGUGGGUCGAGGUGCCUGCUAUGGAUGAGCGAGGCCGGCCACGCGAGGACCAGGUAGACCAUAACCUUGUUGCGCUGACUUGGGCUGGGGGAUGGUACAGGCUCGGACUGCCUGAGCGGCCAACAGAGAGCGUGAAGGGAAAGGAGAGGGAGGGAGAAGGAGUGAGCCGACAACUGGUUCUAGAAGAGUUCAGGAGAUAUAGCAGGUGGGAUGGAUGGGGUUAAUGUCUUGCGCAACUUUUUAUAUUUCCAUUUCUCCCAUUCCCUUUUCGACCUAUCUGCUUCUUUGUCACCAUCUUGUACCUUUCCCAGCCAUGCUCUCACGCCGCUUCUACCCACACUUACGAUCUCCCAGCCCCAUGCACACUUGUUCCGAGUCUUCUUCCAUAUCACACGCCUGUAUGUAGUUGUACCGUCCAUCUCCAUACCUGCAUAUGUAUUCUGUAAUGGGAUUUCAUGGCUUUUCACUUCCC